AUGACUACUUUUGCAGACGUGCUGCCAGUAGAGCAGGUCCAAUCUCACCAAUACCGCGUAAAUCUCGAAGAGCAGUGGUGUAUAGGAACUGGCAAGUCUGCGCAACCUGCUUAUGUUCACCCUGGUGCUGACAGCUUGGCUUCGCGACACAUGCAGCUGACUCAUGCUAAGCGAAAGCAGCCGCAUGUUAUCAACCUUCACCUCGAGUUCUUGCGAAGGACAGCCCAGGGCGAGGCUAUCUUCAAUGUCAAGGAUGUGAAACUCGGCUCUCGAAUUACCAAUCUCCAUCUCACCCUCGCUCAGAUGGACGAUUCGAACAAGCUUGUGGAUGAGGUGGAAGGAUAUAUAACGAUGUCAGACAUGGCGUCGGAGACUGGUCUUUCCCUGGAGACUGGCUACAAGCUCUAUCCGGAGCCACUAGCUGUUGAUCUACUUGCGCUGGCUCAGGGCAAGGAUGCGAACUAUAUCAUACGAGGUCCAGAUGCAUUCGCCUCGUUUCGACGAGCAGCGAACCAAAUAAGAAUGCAUCUCAUUCGACCACAACAGAGACCGCCCCACUUCCCCAAAGCGCUGAUUGAUCAGUGGAUUACGUUUCGACCACAAGGCAAGGAAGGCAGACUCACCAACGAUGCCAUCGGAUUCGUGGUUGAUAUCUUCCCUCAGAUUGUCGAACAAUACGUCAACCAGGAUGUGGAGGAAGCUUGCCUUGGUGAUGGCCUCACCCCGGAAGAAGCGAAGGCCUAUAUUAAGAAGAAUGGCUCAAGAACAUAUUGGUAUCCGACCUUGUCGCUCAAUUUGGAUGUGAAAAAGCUGCUUCCUCAGGAAGGUGUUGAAUGGCUGUUUGUACGCAUACAAGCCAAGUCAAUUAAAGACGGUCGAUUUGAUUUGCUAAUUCACGUCCUCGACGAGGGUGGUGAUCUUGUUGCCCUUAGUACACAUUCUAGCCUUGCUGUGGACGCGAGUCGUAAUACCACAAGGACAAAGAAGAAAGAGAAUAAGCUAUGA